UCUUAUAAUUUAAUUGCCGCAAGCGGCCAGAUUUUGUAACGCGAAAUAGCUCCUAAUUUGGAAAGAAGGAAAGAAAGGGAAUUGAAGAGGAGGGAAAUCCAUAAUAUCUCAUAACAAACAAACAAAGAAAGCGCAGUAGCAGUGCUUUAAUCACACAAAAUUGAUUUCGUUUCUCAAUUACGCUCCUCUCGUAAACUCUAUCCUGUUCUAUUGCUGAACGCAACCAAAAAACAAGGGAAAAGAAACCCUAAAUUAAAACCCUAACCCUAGAUUUCUUGACUAAGCUUUAGAUGGCAAGCGAGAGUGAUGUAACCCAUCGCAAGCACCGGCGGUCACCUUCAGACGAGGCAGAUAAGUCCUCUAAGCGGCACAAACAUCGCCAUCACCGUCACCAUCGCUCUCACCGAAGCAAGAAACACGGUGACGACGAAACAAAUCAUGGUAAUGAAGAAGCCUUUCUUCCGGUUCCUGUGGUUGCUAAUAGUAAUAGAGGUGGCGAUGAUGAUGUGGAGGAAGGUGAGAUUUUGGAGGAGGAGGAAGGUUCUGGUGAUGUUAAUGUCAAAGCUUUCACUUCUCAAAAUCUGGAAGUUCAUGCAGACAAUGUUGACAGUGGUUUGACAAAUUAUAACGGUAAGGUUAGCUUUCCUAAAGAUUCUAGGACUGAUUCUUUAGAAGAAAUUGUUUCUGGAGAUGAUCAGAUAUCUCAUGCCAAUGGGGAUUUGGGUCAUGAAAAACAUCCUAGAGAGGCCAAGAAACAGCAUGGGGAAUCCAGGUCCUCUUCACGCCGAAGUCACAAGCGAAAGAGUUAUGGCGGUGAUGAGACGCCUGAUGGUGAUGAAACCAAAUUAAGUAAUUUGGGAAUUUCAUCAUCUUCUGAUAGUGCGGCAGACAGGUUAAAGACUGUCACAGCCUAUGCUUCUCAUGGUAGGUACCAUGAUGAGGUUGUUGGUAGGAGUGGAUCAUUGUCGCGUGAGUUUGCUAGGGAGAGAUCUCGCUCUCGCAGCAUUGUAGAAGAGGAUGUUCUUCUCAAAAGAAGACAACAUAAUGAAAAGGCUGAAAAUGAUUCUGCCGAUGAAAGAAUGCCUGGACACGACGAAGAUCUGUGGCGUAGUAGCAGAGAUGUGGAGAGGGAGUGCAGUACUAAUUAUAUCAGAAGUCAGGGAGGGGAGGAGAGGCAUGGCAGCUGGAAUACUCAAGGCAGGGAGAGGGAAAUGAAUUGGGAACAGAGAAGGGAGCAGGGACGAGAGAGGAGCAGGGAAAGGGAUCAAAGAAGAGAUAAAGAUCGAGAGAGGAGCAGGGAAAGGGAUCAGAGAAGAGAUAAAGAUCGAGAGAGGAGCAGGGACAGGGAUCUUAGAAGAGAGAAGGGAAGGGAGGGAAGCAGGGACAGUUCGGUAGACAGAUAUCGGAGAAGAGAGAAGGAACAGGAGAGGAGCAGGGACAGGGAGGUAGACAGGGAUCUGAAAAGACAGAAGCAACAGGAGAGAAGCUGGGAUAGGGAAGUGGACAGGGAUCAGAGAAAAGAGAGGCAGUGGGAAAGGAGCUUGGAUAGGGAGAUGAUCAAUGACAGGAGAAGAGAGAGGGAACAAGGUAGGAGCAGGGAGGAGGAGCUGGACAAGAAAAGGCAAAAGGAAAAAGAUAGAAGUAAAGAUAAAUCCAUGUCUAGGGCUAAUGAGAGAGACAGAGAUUGGGAGAGAGUGAAGGAGACAGAUAGGGGUAGUUAUGCCGAGAGGGAGAGAGCUAGGGACCGUGAUUGGGUGACUGACAGGGAGAGGCGGAGUGAUAGAAGUAGGGAGAAAGCCAGGGAAACUAAUGGUGAUUCAGCAAAGUUUUAUAAUUUCAACAGUAAUUCAUUAGAAGGGGACAGGGACAAACUAGAAAGAGAUGAAGAUGCACAGGAUGAUUUUGAAGAGAGGAUUGCACUAAAACUUGCCGAACAAGAGGAGGAUCUUGAUAGGGUCAAAGAGGAAAGCAGAAAGCUCAGGCAAGCCAUUCUCGAAAAAUUUAGAAACCAGCAGAAACAGCAGCAAAAUGAGACUCAAUCAGACAAUGUAGAGAAAGAUGCUGAACAUGCACGGAGUUCUGUCCAAUCAUCACCAGCUUUUAAUGUUGCACCAGAAACUAUUAAUGUUAAGGUUGAACCUUCUGCAUCAUUACCAGCUUCAAAUGUUGCUUCAGAAACUAUUCAUGUUAAGAUGGAAAAUGAUGACUUUAUUACUGAGCCAGCAUUUUCUGUGGGUAAGUCACCUCUACAAAAUGGAAUUCAAGAUUCUGAGAGAACUUCUGGUGUGGCAGGGCUUGGAGAGGGUACUCCCAAGAGUGAGGGAUCAGAUGAGAAAUACUGUGAUGACAUUUUUGGGGAGACACCUGCUAGAAUUCGCAAACCAAGUAAAGGAGAUGGUUUACCAAUUACACGGACUAGUUUGUAUGAUAAUUGGGAUGACGCUGAUGGGUAUUAUGGUUAUCGAUUUGGUGAAACACUUGAUGGUCGGUAUGAAAUUGUUGCUGCUCAAGGGAAAGGUGUCUUUUCCACAGUAGUUCGAGCAAAAGACUUGAAGGCUGGUGUUGGUGAACUGGAAGAGGUGGCUAUAAAGAUUAUACGUAACAAGGAAUUAAUGCAUAAGGCAGGUCAGAAUGAGGUUCAGAUAUUUGAUAAAUUAGCAGCCGCAGAUCCGGAGAACAAGCGGCAUUGUGUUCGUUUCCUUUCAAGUUUUAAAUACAGAAAUCAUCUUUGUUUAGUUUUUGAAUCUCUUCAUAUGAACCUUCGCGAGGUCUUAAAAAAGUUUGGUCGCAAUAUUGGCUUGAAACUAACUGCUGUGAAAGCAUAUGCAAAACAGCUCUUUAUUGCGCUGAAGCAUCUUAAGAACUGUGAAGUUCUUCAUUGUGAUAUAAAGCCUGAUAACAUGCUGGUGAAUGAGGCAAAAAAUGUGCUGAAGCUUUGUGAUUUUGGUAAUGCUAUGUUUGCUGGUAAAAAUGAAAUUACACCAUAUCUUGUAAGCCGCUUUUAUCGGGCUCCGGAAAUCAUUCUUGGCUUGCCAUAUGAUCAUCCAGUGGAUAUGUGGUCUGUUGGCUGCUGCUUGUAUGAGCUUUAUGCCGGGAAAGUACUUUUCCCUGGUGCUACAAAUAAUGACAUGCUCCGUCUUCACAUGGAAUUGAAGGGCCCUUUUCCAAAGAAGAUGCUUAAGAAGGGUGCUUUUGUCGACCAGCAUUUUGACCAGGAUUUAAAUUUUAAUUCCAUGGAGGAGGAUCCAGUAACUAAAAAGAUUAUAAAGAGGAUGCUUUUGAACAUAAAGCCAAAAGAUAUUGGAUCAAUAAUUAUGAGUUCCCCUGGUGAGGACCCAAAGAUGCUAGCGAAUUUUAAAGAUCUCUUAGAUAAAAUUUUUAUGCUGGAUCCUGAGAAGAGGUUGACAGUUAAUCAAGCACUAGGCCAUCCAUUCAUCACCGUUUUAGCCGUUGAUGAAGUCAGUUUUUGGUCGGGAGUACGUACUGGCGGUUCAUUCAGGGGAAUUUACUGUUUUUAUCGUAAGACAACUUGCCAAAGGCGAUUUACCUCUUGUAACCAUUUCUGAUUAUGGCCAUGUGAAAAUUUAUCACAUCUGUUUUUAUUCUCUUUUGCCACCAUUAUUUUUGUACUUUGUACAUGGUUGCUGAGAUUUAAUUGUGAGAAAUUAAUAAGGAAAUAUAUAUUUGGGGGACUCCUAUUAUUUACUAAUAUAGAAUUUAUUUUGUGACCGUUUGCUGAAG